AUGGAAAACCGAACCCUCUGUGGCUCUAAUGGAAAAUGCAUAAAUGAGCCGGGCUCUUUUAUUUGCGAAUGUUUCCCUGGCUAUCGGCUGGACCCUGGCCUGGACCCCUACCUUUAUGACCCAUGCCCAGACAUUGAUGAGUGCAGUGAAAACCCAGAUAUCUGUAUCCCCUUGUCGUUCUGUGUCAAUAAACCAGGGACUUACACCUGUGCCUGUUCGGACAGAUAUUUUCCUUCUACUGGAAUCAUAUGGACGCAGGAUACAGUCUGUGAAACUGUUGAAACAGUUUUGAACAAGCCCCACCAAUUUGAGAAACUGACCAAAGAGAAGGCCUUUUUUGCAAAAAUGGAUCGACAACUGAAGGAGAAUUCUGGAAAACCUAUACAUGAAGUGUCUGUUGGAAACGCUUUCUCAACUGUUAUGGAAGUUGCAGGUGUGGGUCCAUAUAUCGACCCGCCCAAAGUUAGCAGUGCAGGGGAUGGAGAGACCGGCAGUAUUAUUCUAGACUUGGCUGAAGGUUUAGUGGCUGCAUUACUGGUGGACAAAGAAGAGCAGACGGCAAUAGCGAUAAAAACUCCUACUCUGGAUUUAGAUGUGGUAUUCCUCGGCCCAAAUGAUAUCAAACCAAGCGGCUUCUCACUGGUGGCAGAUGGAGUCACUGUAGCCAUCAACUUAGAGCAAGUGGCCAACAACAACAAUGGUUCUGCAGCAGUGGCUUUUAUGAAGCUCAAAGGACUGGAAAACCUCCUCACCCAUCUCUUCUUUGAAACUGAAAACCUCACAGAUUUUGGUUCGGACAUUUUUAGUGUAUCCCUCCCCACGAUGAGCAACACCAACCUGUCUGACCCUGUCAACUUCACCGUACAACACACAAAGACGCUGCCAGAAUCAGGUCUGAUGACGUGCACAUACUGGGUGUCUGAUAAAUCGCCGCCACCAGAAAGUGACUUCCUGGACUGGCUCAACAGGAUCUGUGUCAGCAUUGGACUCUUCUUCUUUGCUCUGGCCAUUCUUACCUUCCUCCUCUGCAGCUGGAAUCCCAAAAUCAACAAUACAGCCCGCCUCCAUCUGUGCAUCAACCUCGGCCUCUCCCAUCUGCUCCUGCUGUUCAAUGAGAGUUUCUUUGUCGACAAGCUGGCAUGUAAAGCGAUCGCGGGCAUCCUUCAUUUCUUGGUGGUGUCAAGCUUCGUGUGGAUGCUGUUGGAGGCAGUGCAGCUGUACAUGCUGGUGCGCAGGCUCAAUAAGGUGCAGGUGAUCGAGAGAGAUGGGCUCCCGCAGUAUGUGCUCUACCCUGUGGGAUACGGGGUCCCCGUGGUGGUCGUGGGCGUCUCUGCACUGGUCUAUCACCCGGGAUACGGAGGCACUGAAGCAGGGGCGUAA